UUUUUUAGAUCUAUGACUGCUGGCCAAACUCACAGGCUCAAAAGGUUAGAGAAAACUCUGUUCGCCAAUGCAGAUGUUUUUCUAUCUAAAGUCUACGGAGGAUUCUUCGGACCUAAACUCUGGGCACGAAUUAGAAGUGCACUUCAACAGCCAGAGUUGAAGUGCGGAAUCAGAAUUACAGAUAGGGCUAUUUUAACAGAAAAGAAUCAGCAGAGGAUUGAAGAGGAAAAGGUGUCAAACAACUCAGAGAAUAAUUUUGCGCAGUUGAAGCUCGAAUUCGAACAGAUGAAGAAACGCAGCUUAAAGUCACUAAUUGAGAGCGAAUUAUCAGAACAAGAUCACACUAGAGCAUGGAAAAGAACUUCAAGUUUCCCUCUGGCUAAAUUGGAAGAUGAAAUUACCCGCAGUGGAGAUAUGUAUGACGAGAGUAUAUUCUUCGACGCACAGUCACAAGAACAGCAGAUAACGCGUCAGAAAAUUGUGGAUAAUACUUCAAGUAAGUCUGACAAGCCUUCGCAACUUGACACAGAAACUCAAUUCCAGAUCUUGAAAAAAUUCGCCACUGCUUGCGGAUUGGUUGAUUCCGAGUUCAAAGUGGCCAAUGAGAAUAGAGAAUCAGAACUGAACGAGAGGCCAAAAGAAGAUUUGUUUGAAACUUCAUACGGGGAACUAUUUGCAUUGAGUCUGCUUAAUCUAACACAGAAUGACAACUUGCUCGACCUCAACAGUGCAGAUGCUCACUUCUUGUCCCUCUCACAAUUAGUGCACUCUGAGAAGGAGAAGGAGGAAGUGCACUUUAAUGCACUGGUGUCAGACAGUGCAGAGAGCAGUUUGAAAGACAGGCGGCAGAUGGUAUCCAGGUCUCUGGGAUUGAAAAGUGUUAAUGAGUUGAAUGAACUGCGGUCUCCUUUGAUCUUCAAACAAUUGGACGACUACGACUACUCGGAAGCAGGUCUUUUCCGAGAAGCCUUCUCUAAAGUGGUGGUGACUGUUCCCUGUCUGAACGAGAAGAGUGUGUUGAAUGAAGUUUCACCCCUCAACCCAUUCCACUCUGCUAAUUUCAAGGCCAUUUCAUCACUAGCCCAACGACAACAACAAUUUCUAAGACUGGCUCUUCUAAGUGCAACUGAAGGAUCUUCAGUAGUCUACUUGCUCCACUCUGUCUGUCCCUCACACGCAGAUCCGAUUGUACUCAACACCACACAACACUACAAUGCAUCUACAACUGAUAGUUCACAGAACUACAGACGGAGGCCCAAGUGUCACAUAGCAGAUAUAAGUUGUUUCGAAUCUGCUCUGAGAGAGAAAGGAGUGAAUUUACUAUGUGGAUCCCAUGGACUAUUCCUCUACCCUGACUUUAGGCGCAAUUUCCCACCUGCUUACAUAAGUCUGAUCCAAUUCAGCAGCUGAAGUGGGCGGAGACGAGUUUGCAUGCUCCUGUCUGGCAGACACGCAUUGUUAUUGUUGGUCAUAUAUUUGAGGGACUGUCAUUUAUAGAAGUGAGGCUGAGAAAAAAACGAAAGACGAACUAUGGCCAGAAUUCAGAAAGCUGCGACUAUCAAAUUAAAUUGCAGUUUGUUGUUCGCUCGUAUCUUCGAAAAUAGUCCGAACUUGAUGUUUGACUUCUGUUAUGAUUUUUUGUUGACGAUGACUCUAAUGUAAGUUUGGCGCUAGUUCUUGUGCUGAGCUGAGCUUCUUAUUCGUUACAUUUUGCAUCGUUUAUUUGUUUUUUAUUUUGGUUGAUAUUUAUAUUUUCUAUCCAAAUGAACCAAACAAACGUUCUCAAGGCAUGUCCUUUUUUGUUAGCCAGCUAAGUUGGGUACGCCAGAAAUCGAUUUCACAACUUGUGUUGGACAGAAUAGAAAUUACACUU